AUGGGGACUCAGCUCCACAUGUUCUUGUUGCCUUUCAUGGCUCGCGGCCACAUGAUUCCCAUGGUUGACUUGGCCAAAUUGCUUUCUUCUCGCGGUAUCAAAAUCACCAUCGUCACAACCCCUCUCAAUUCUAUCUCCAUCUCUAAUUCAAUCCAAAAUUCCAAAUCCCUAUCUACUUCUCAAAUUCAACUUCUUAUCCUUAAAUUUCCUUCCGCUGAAGUUGGACUACCAGACGGUUGUGAAAAUCUUGACUCCGUCAUCACUCCUGAUAUGUUCCCCAAAUUCAUCUCUGCUUUUAAUUUGUUCCAAAACCCAUUUGAGGAGGCUGUUAUGAAACAACGCCCCCAUUGCAUCCUCGCCGAUAUGUACUUCCCUUGGGCCAACGAUGUUGCUGCCAAAUUUGGAAUCCCCAGGCUCAAUUUCCACGCCACUAGUUUUUUCUCUAGCUGUGCUUCGGAGUUCAUGAGAAUUCAUGAGCCUUACAACCAUGUCUUAUCAGAUACAGAGCCCUUUCUCAUUCCUCGUCUUCCUGGAGAUAUUACUUUCACGAAGAUGAAGCUUCCUCAAUUCGUGCGGGAGAAUCUAAAAAAUGAAGUGAGCGAAUUUAUAAAGAGGGCUCACGAAUUGGGAUUCGCGUGUUAUGGGAUUAUCAUGAACAGUUUUUACGAGCUGGAAGCAGAGUAUGUAGAUUGCUGUAGAAAUGUCUUAGGAAUAAAGGCUUGGCCUAUUGGCCCACUUUCUUUGUGUAAUAAGGAAACUGAAGAAAAAGCUCAAAGAGGAAAUGAAUCCAGCAUUGACGAACACGAGUGCUUAAAAUGGCUCGACUCCAAAAAACCCAAUUCGGUGGUGUAUGUGUGUUUUGGAAGUAUGGCGAAAUUCAACUUUGAUCAACUGAAGGAGAUUGCAAGUGGGCUUGAAGCGGCUCGGAAAAAUUUCAUAUGGGUUGUGAGGAAAGUGAAGAAGGAAGAAGAAGAAGAGAAUCAUGAUUGGUUACCAGAAGGCUACGAACAGAGGAUGGAAGGAAAAGGGUUGAUUAUAAAAGGUUGGGCGCCACAAGUUUUGAUAUUAGAUCAUCCGGCAGUGGGUGGAUUUGUGACACACUGUGGGUGGAACUCCACGCUGGAAGGAGUGACUGCUGGAGUUCCGAUGGUGACAUGGCCGAUGGCGGCAGAGCAGUUUUACAACGAGAAGCUGGUGACAGACGUGUUGAAAAUUGGAGUUGCAAUUGGAGUUCAAAAAUGGGUGAGAGUUGUAGGGGAUUUCAUUGAAAGAGAAGCUUUGGAAAAUGCAAUUAGAAGAGUUAUGGAAGGAGAAGAAGCAAAGGAGAUGAGAAACAGAGCUAAAGAAUUGGCAAAGAUGGCAAAGAAAGCUGUUACCGAAAAUGGAUCGUCUUACUCUAAUUUGCAUGAUUUGAUACAGGAAUUGAAAUCGUUGGCGUUCUGAAGGCUUCAUUCUGGUGGCUGUGCCCGUGGUGCUGUUUGGAUUAUUACAUCUUCUUCACCUGAGUAAACGUGGUUUUAGUUACUUUACUCGAUGCCCUCACUGAGUUCAGGUUAUUGAUUUGAAAAGAUUCACUCAAACAUAGUUAUGUUUAUCAUAAGUAUUAUUGGAACAUGUUUGAGACUGAUGUUGAAUAACUUUCAGCUGAAAAUCCUUCUUUUUUAACA